UUUCCCGUUUUUUCCUUUAGAAUUGCCAAAAUGCUUUGGAAUUCUUAAACGAUUCAAAAACUGAAGUCUCUGAGGAUACAAAAUCAUAAGAACACAAGAAGCAGCAAGGAGGAUUCAGUGCCAAUGCAGCAACAAAAAAGACAGCCAGAGUUAGUGGAAGGAAAUCUUCCUGUUUUUGUUUUUCCUACAGAACUUAUAUUUUAUGCAGAUGACCAGUCAACACACAAGCAGGUGUUGACUCUAUAUAACCCCUAUGAGUUUGCCUUAAAAUUCAAAGUUCUUUGUACAACUCCAAAUAAAUAUGCAGUGGUGGAUGCUACUGGUGCAGUGAAGCCUCAGUGCUGUGUUGAUAUUGUGAUUCGUCACAGAGACGUUCGGGCUUCUUACUAUGGUGUCAUAGAUAAAUUCCGUCUCCAAGUGUCUGAGCAGAGCCAGAGGAAAGCAUUAGGGAAAAAGGAGAUUAUUGCUACUCUGCUUCCAUCUGCAAAGGAACAACAACAGCAAAAGGAAGAGGAGGAAAAACGAAUAAAAGAACACCUGGCUGAAAGUGUCUUUUUUGAGCAGACUUUGUGUCAACCAGAAAACAGAACUGCCUCGUCGGGACCUAGUUUACUCACAGUCUUCCUUGGAGUGGUGUGUGUCGCAGCACUAAUGCUACCUACAUUGGGGGAAAUGGAAUCCCUGGUGCCUCUCUACCUCCACUUAAGUGUGAAUCAAAAGUUAGUAGCUGCUUAUGUUUUAGAUUUGAAGAACAGUCACACUAAACUCAAUUCUCCUGUCCCACUACCUGGCAGAAAUGAGGAUUUAAAGGAAAAGAGCUAGGCAGCUCCAAACUGAUAGCUAGAGAGUUGUCACAGACCUGCAAGACAGCAUUGCACGAGGAAAACAAGGUAAGUCUGCUACAGGUUUUAAUACCUACUUGCAUGUUAACUAGACUGGGUGGAAGUAAAUAGCAAUAGAUAUUCUGAUUUUAAAACAAAGCAUUUAAUCCCAGAAGGAAACAAGAAUACGGUUAUCUUUAAAAAGUGCAGAAACAGCAAAACACAUUUAUUUUUCCAUUUAUUGGCACUUAUUUGAAAAACAGCAUAAAUAUUCAACAGAAAAGAGACAAGUUGACCCACACUCAGCUAUCAAACCCCCCUAUAUGAUGUGUCUUCUAACAAAUACUGGAAGAGACACCAGGAGGUUCAUUCUUAAGAAAUAAGCAAGAUUAAAAAAAGAGUCUUGCUCUCACCACAGAAGAGUGAACGCACAGAAACUCUUUGGCACAAACCUGAAACUGCAAAGCCAAACUUUGCCUCAGCAGAGAGAGCAAACAGAGCCUGGCGCUCCCAUGUGCAUCUGCUCGGGGACAAAGGGCAGCUGCACUGGGGAGGGACUGCAACCAGCAGGGUGAUUAUUACAAUAAUUUAAGAGGAAUGAUACCAGAAGUAAACCAUGUCGUAUCAACUAGAACAGAGUCAGACUAUUAAAUACAUUCUAUUUUCUCUCUACAAUAAGGACACACAGAAAUGGGUCACUGGCCCUCAGGUCACCAGGUCUUUGCACUCCAAGUCAUCCCUUUCUCGUUUCCAUGGCUGCUGUCAGUCAAAACUUCAUCCAUGUGAAUCUUUCACAGCAGAGUUCAGGACAGGUUUUCCUCCUACUUGAGGAAGUCUCCAUACUUCCCUCACUUUAUGACACACUACAAAGAUUUAGCGUUUAAAAAUAAAACAUUUUGCUCCAUUCUUAACCUCUCUGGAGAGAAGGUUUGAAACCACACAGCACAGAUACACAGACAUGUACAAAGAGGGACUCAGCUGGGGGAGUUCAGCUGCACAACCCCAAGGAGGGUGUCACUGCACAAUCCCAGACAGCUGUCCAUGGGGGGCUGCAAAUUCUUCCUCCUGGCUGGGGAAUUUCUGAGUUGAGAUCAGGAUGCCGCAACACACUGACUUCAAGCAUCUCAGAUUACCAGAUUCCAGGCUGCCAAUCAGCAUCUGAAGUUUUCAACAGCAGAAAUGACUUGAUGUCAUUGUUUGAGGAAGCAACAUCAGGAAAUAAAACACAGAUUAAAUAUGUUUAAUGGCCUCAGGCUGUAAAAAGGCAUUCAAGAUUCCUCACCGUAUUUGUCAUAUAUGAGGACAAAUACUGACUUAAAAUAAUGCAUUUCUGAAGUACUAAAUACUAAAAUACCAGGAUUUAAUGUAUUGUUCCAAAUAUUGUCACUAUUCUUCCCUAUUAAAAGACCUUUAACAGAGCAUCUACCACUUCUAUACAUCAUCUAAAUGGGGAAGAAAAAGAAACAAACGCCAGAUACAAAACUCCAGAAGAAUGUUCCACACC